AUGUCAAAGUUCGAACACAAGGCUGAAGAGGUUCUGACCGGCCACCCUGAAUCAGCCCGCUCAUCUAAUUAUAGACCUCACGAUUCGAAUCUAGCCAACAAGGUCGACUCUUGUUUGGAUAGCGACCGUGACAAUGCCUUUGAACAUGGUGCUAUUGGGGGACCUUGCGACGUGCACGACACUAGCAUCGCCAACCAGUUUGACCCGCGAGUCCACAGCGACAAUGGUAGAAAACAUGCCCCUGAUUAUUACCAUCUUGAUUUGGCUAAGUACUACGGUCAUGGCGGAACAACCACUUGCCCACCUAACUCCAUCAUCACCAACGGGCUCGACCCUCGAGUUGACUUAGAUAGAGUUAACGAAGCUCUCGCCGGCAGUAGCCUCAAUAAACUCAACCUGCGUGUCGACUCUGACAUGGAUGAGAGUGCUCCUUGA